UAUGACUUUAACUAUUGGAAUGCUUGGUUAUAUGGCACCUGAAGUUGUUCAAUCAAAAUAAUAUUAAAAUACAGCAGAUAUAUUUAGUUUAGGAUGUUUGUUCUACUUGAUGAUUUAUGGAGAAUUACCAUUUUCUGAUUAGAAUCAUUAAAUCUAUUUGUAUGAAACAAAAAAUAAAAGUAAAUAAUACUUUAUAAAGAGAAAUCAUUCAUAAUGAAAACACAAAAACAUCAUAAAAAACAUAGUUCAUUAUAAAUUCCAUGUUAGAAUAUGACCAAGAUAAAAGAAUUGGUUGGAUAGAUUUAUAUAAAUAUUUUGAUCAAAUGUGA